AUGAAGCGCAAAGUUGGCGCUCUCGAGAAAAUCGAGGCAGAUCAUGCUGCACUCCGCUACAAGCUCAAGCGCGACCCUCAGAGCUACCGUGACGACUUCAACAACCAGUACCAGCAGUACGAGACGCUGCGGGAUCUGUUCCUUCAAAACCCCUCUGCCACAGACUCCGGCCUCGUUGCGCUCAAGGACUUGAUUGAGUUUAUAUCGCAUGUGGCCGACCGCUACCCCGACCUCACCUCCAAAUUUCCCGGCGAGUUGGCCCAGAUUUUGCUGCAACAUCAUGAAGUACUCGAGUACGAUCUGCGAGACAAGAUUGUUGGUAGUAUAGUGCUGCUAAGGAACAAGGAUGUCAUCGACUCGACCGUGCUCUUGAACACGCUCUUCCCCAUCCUCGUCUCCACACCGAGCAAAUCGCUUCGCCAGCUACUCUUCACCAAGAUCCUCUCCGACCUGCGAUCCUCCAAUGUCAAAGCCACGAACCACAAGCUAAACCGCACUAUCCAAACCGUCCUGUACAACUUGCUCGAGUCGGACAAGCAGUCACCGAAAGGAAUAUGGGCAGUCAAGAUUGCGCGAGAGAUGUGGAAGAGGCAGAUAUGGACAGAUGCGCGAGCAGUCGAGGUCAUGCGACUAGCUGCGCUCAGCGAUAACGAGAAGGUCAUAACUGGUGGAGUCCGCUUCUUCCUUGGGGGUGACAAGGAGCGUGAGGAGGCGGCUGAAGACAGCGAUGACGACGAGGACGUCGACAUUGCACGAUUACGCCACCAGGUCGGCAUCAACAAGAAGUCCAAGAAGAACCAGAGGGAUCUUAGGAAGGCAUCUAUUGCCGUCAAGAAGAAGCAACACAAGAAGAAUGCGCCACAUCCACUGAACUUCUCUGCGCUGCAUUUGCUUCACGACCCACAGGGAUUUGCUGAACAGCUCUUCUCGAAGCACGUCCAAAAUUCCAAGUCGAAGCUCCAGCUGGAAUCCAAACUUCUUGUGCUGCAGCUUGUCUCACGACUUGUUGGUCUGCAUAAGCUCACCGUCCUUUCGCUCUACUCGUUCUUCCUCAAGCACCUCACUCCACGACAAGCAUCCGUUACCAGCUACCUUGCGUGUCUUGCACAGGCAACCCACAACUAUGUACCUCCCGAUGUUCUCGAGCCGCUAGUCCAGAAGAUUGCGAAUGAGUUCGUCUCGGAAGCUUCAGCAUCCGAGGUGGCAGCAGCAGGUCUCAACGCUAUCCGAGAGAUUUGUGUACGCCAGCCGCUGGCAAUGACUGAUACACUCUUGCAAGAUUUGGUACAAUACCGCAAGUCUAAGGAUAAGGGUACAAUGAUGGCGGCCAAGGGUCUUCUGUCGCUCUACCGAGAGGUCGGUGCAGACCUCCUUCACAAGCGUGAUCGGGGCAAGGACGCAGCCAUGGGCAUCCGAGCAGGCACGAUCAAGGAGCGGAGAUAUGGUGAAGAAGCAGUCGGUGAGGUCGAGGGUAUCGAACUGCUCGAGAAGUGGAAAGAGGAGGAACGCCGCAAGAAGCGUGAAGCAGCUGGUCUUGACCCUGACGCUGAUGACGGCGAGGAACCCGACGAGACCGAAGACUGGAAAGCCUGGGACGUCGAAUCCGACGAAGAAAGCGACGACUCAGGCGGCUGGAUCAACGUCGAGUCCGAUGGCGAAGACAUCCAGAUCAGCGACUCAGAAGACGAGAAAGACAAGUCCAAAGCCAAAGCCAAACAACCUCCUGCCAAGAAACGCAAACUCAGCAACGCCACCACCGACGCCGCGGACGACAAGAAGAGCGAAGAGCCCGAAAUCAAGUCCAUAUCCAAACUCCUCACAACCACCAUUCUCACCCCCGCCGACCUCAAACAGCUCCGCGCCCUACAAGAAGCCUCCGCCAUCUCCUCCUCCCUUCCCUCGCACAAGCGCGCGCAACUCCUCGCCGCCCGCCACGCCGACGAAGCCAUCACGGCCGAGACCAUCGAAGCCGCCGCCAGCCUCGGCAAGAAGAACACCAAGGAGGAGAAAAUCGCCAUGGCCAAGGGCGACCGCGAGACCAACCACCAGUCCACGACGGCCAAGCGCAAGGAGAAGAAGAUCGCAGAGGGCAAGAGUACGACGAACAAGGAGAAGGCGCGCAAGAAGAAUUUCCUCAUGACCCUGAGUAAGGCGAAGAGUAAGAAUAAGAGGACGUCUGACGGAUGUUAA